AUGGUUCUAACAGUUCUUCUUGCUUUUUGUCCUAUGCAUAGAGCUCCUGAUGAAGUAAUUCAAUAUGUCGAAGAACAUACAGCUCAAAUUUCAACAAUAAAAGGCACACGUCAUAUAAAACCAUUUCAAAAUGAAGUUGAUUAUUGGGAAAAAUCAAUAGCACAAAUAUCAGAAUUAUGUGAUGGUUUAUUUAAUGUUCAACGCCAAUGGUUAUAUAUGGAAGGUAUAUUUACUUCUGAUGAUGUUCAAAGACAAUUAUCACGUGAAACAACUGAAUUUAAAUAUAUUAAUAUGAUUUGGCAAGAUGAAAUUAUAGCUAAAAUUCGUGAAAAUUCAAAUGCAUUAUAUGUUGCAACAAAACUAAAUUUAUUUGAUAAAAUACAAAGUUUAUUAAAAUAUUUAGAAAAUAUUCAAAAAAAAAUGGAAGAUUAUCUGGAAACAAAACGUGCAAUAUUUCCACGUUUUUAUUUUAUAUCAAAUGAAGAAUUAGUUGAAAUUCUUAGUCUUUCACGUCAACCCGAUCUUAUUCAAAUACAUUUAAAAAAACUUUUCGAUAAUAUUAAAUAUCUACGUUUAGUAAUUAAAAAAACAAUUCUAGCUAAUGGAAUUCAAUCAAAUGAAGAUGAACAAAUUAAUUUAAUAUCAACAUUAUCUUUAGAAGGUAAUGUUGAAAAUUGGCUUAAAGAUUUAGAAAUAAAAAUGCAAAUUACUGUACGUGAAUAUUUAAAAAAUUCUUUAUCAGCACUUAAAUUACAAUUAAAAAAACGUGAUAAAUGGAUUAAAGAUUGGCCUAGUCAAUGUUGUGUAACUGCCAGUGAAAUUGAAUGGACAUCAGCAACAACAAAAGCUUUAUUAACAUGUCAAGCUGAUGGAAGUUUGAAACCAUUAAAAAAAUUAUUUCGUACUCAAAUCAAAAUUCUUGAUCGAUACUCGAAUAUGAGUCGUUUGUCACUUGAUAAAAUACUUCGUCUUCGUGUUAUUGGUGUUAUUACUAAAGAAGUACAUGGACGUGAUAUUAUCGAACGAUUAAUUAAAACUCAAACAAUGGAUAUACAAUCAUUUGAAUGGCAAAUGCAAUUAAGAUUUUAUUGGGAACGACAUGAACAUAAUGAAGAUUGUAUUAUUCGACAAACAAUAACAAGAUUUACUUAUAACUAUGAAUAUUUAGGUUGUACCAGUCGUUUAGUUAUUUCACCAUUGACUGAUCGAUGUUAUAUUACUCUUACAACUGCUCUACAUUUAUUUCGAGGUGGAAGUUCCAACGGACCAGCCGGUACUGGCAAAACUGAGACAAUAAAAGAUUUAGGAAAAAAUUUUGCUAUUUAUGUUGUUGUUCAAAAUUGUUCGGAAUCACUAGAUUAUAAAUCCAUGGGAAAAAUGUUUUCAGGUUUUGCUCAGAGUGGUACAUGGGGAUGUUUUGAUGAAUUUAAUCGUAUUAAUGUCGAGGUAUUAUCAGUUGUUGCUCAACAAAUUCAUUCAAUCUUAACAGCUUUAUCAUUGAAACAAAAACGAUUUGUAUUCGAAGGCAAAGAAAUUUCACUUUUACCUCAAGUUGGCAUUUUCAUAACAAUGAAUCCAGGGUAUGCUGGUCGAACUGAAUUACCAGAUAAUUUGAAAUCAAUGUUUCGACCAGUAUCAAUGAUUGUACCAGAUUCAAUUUAUAUUGCAGAAAAUUUUCUCUUUAGUGAAGGAUUUCAAAAUACAAGAAAUUUAGCUCGUAAAGUUUAUACACUUUAUCAAUUAUCUACCCAACAACUUUCUAAACAAGAUCAUUACGAUUUUGGUUUAAGAUCAUUAACAGCUGUUUUACGAUAUGCUGGUGAAAAGAAACGAAUAAAUCUUAAAAUGACUGAUAAUGAAGUUCUUCUUUUAUCAAUGCUUGAUAUGAAUGCACCUAAAAUGACUGCACAAGAUUUACCAUUAUUUAAAAAUAUUCUUGAAGAUUUAUUUCCUGGUAUUGAUAUACCAAAAAUUGAUUAUUCAAAAUUAAUUGAAGCUAUUGAAUAUGAAAUGAAUGUACAUCAUUUACAAAUAACACCAACCUCUAUUGAAAAAGUUAUUCAAUUAUAUGAAACCCAUCAUUCUCGUCAUUCAGUUAUGCUUGUCGGUAAAACUUUAUCAGGAAAAACUACAACCUGGAAAUUAUUUAAAUAUGCUUUAAUUACAUUAAAUAAACAAGGUUUUAGUGAAUAUAAUAAAGUCAUGGAAUAUCUAAUCAAUCCAAAAGCCGUCAGUUUAGGAGAACUCUAUGGUCAAUUUAAUUUAGCAACAAAUGAAUGGAAUGAUGGAAUUCUUAGUAUGAUUAUGAGACAAGUUUGUGCAGAUGAAAAACCUGAUGAAAAACUCAUUCUUUUCGAUUCUCCUGUCGAUACAUCAUGGAUUGAAUCGAUGAAUUCCUUAAUGGAUGAUAAUAAAUUAUUGACAUUAGCCAAUGGAGAACGUAUAUCAAUGUCAUCUCAAGUAACAUUAUUAUUUGAAACAGAAGAUCUAUCAACAGCUUCACCGGCAACUGUCUCUCGAGCAGGCAUUGUCUAUUGUGAUUAUGAAAAAUUAAGAUGGAAACCUUAUUUAGACUCAUGGUUAAAACAAAAGACAUCUCAGGAUCUUCAAACAGAAAUUUUCAAUUGUGUGACAAAAUAUUUAGAACCUGUAAUGAAAUAUAAACAUAUGCAUUGUAAAGAAUUGGUUCCAAUUCAUGAACUUAAUGGAAUUGUUUCAUUGACCAAGUUAUUUGAUACAUUUUGGUAUUUAAAUGAAAUACAAACACAAUUAAAUGAAAAUGAAACAAUAUCAGGACGUUUAAUUGAAAUGUGGUUUGUAUUUUGUUUAAUAUGGUCUAUUGCUGCUAGUGUUAACGAUGAAGGAAGAAAAAAAAUUGAUAUUUUCUUUCGUGAAACUGAAGGUACAUUUCCAAAUAAGGAUACAGUAUUUGAAUUUUAUGUUGAUACAAAUAAUCAAACAUGGAUACAUUGGGAAGAACAACUUAAAGAAGGAUGGAUUUAUAAUUCCGAAAUCCCAUUUUAUAAAAUGAUUGUACCAACUGUUGAUACAAUACGUUAUGAAUAUUUAAUUCAUAAUUUAUUACUUAAUAAAAAUCAAGUUUUACUUGUUGGUGCUAUUGGUACAGGUAAAACAACAAUAGCUGAAAACGUUCUGAAAAAACUUGAUUCGACUUUAUUUAAUACACUUAUUGUUCAUAUGUCUGCUCAAACAACAUCAAAAAUGUUACAAGAUAUAUUUGAAACAAAUAUAGAAAAACGAACUAAAACAAUAUAUGUUCCUAUAAAUGGAAAAAAGAUGAUUACAUUGAUUGAUGAUAUGAAUAUGCCAAAUAAAGAUACAUAUGGUUCUCAGCCAUCGCUUGAAUUAAUUCGAAUGUGGAUCGAUUAUGAAUUUUGGUAUGAUCGAAAAACACAAGGCAUGAAAUUUGUCAAAGAUAUGUGUCUACUCACAGCAAUGGGUCCACCGGGUGGUGGUCGUCACCAGAUAUCACAACGAUUACAAAGUCGAUUCAAUCUCAUCAAUAUGACAUUUCCAUUCGAACAUGAAAUCUGUCGAAUAUUUGGUACAAUGCUUAGUCAAAAACUACAAUCUUUUGAUGAUGACAUAAAAUAUCUUGAUCAAACAAUAACAAAAGCAACUAUUGAUCUUUAUCAAACAAUUGAAAAGAAAUAUUUACCAACACCAACAAAAAUUCAUUAUGUAAAAAUAAAUAAACCGCUUUGUAAAACGCAAUCUAAAGGCAAUUUUGAAACAUUUAAUAUGCGUGAUAUAUCACGUAUGUUUGAAGGUCUUUUAUUAUGUCAUAAAACAAUAAUAACAAAUAAAGUUGAAUUUCUACGUUUAUGGAUUCAUGAAGCACAUCGAGUUUAUUCUGAUCGAUUUAUGACAAAUAAUGAUCAUGAAUUAUUUAUUAAAAUUUUAAGUGAAAAAUUAGCUUUCUAUUUUGAUCAAGUUUAUCAUAAUGUAUGUCAUAAUCGAGAAGCUCCAAUCUAUUCUGAUAUAAUCAGAAAAGAUGGUGUUUAUGAGGAAAUUCGCGGCUAUGAUAAAUUAAAAUUAUUUCUUGAACAAACUCUUCAACGAUACAAUAACACUCCAUUGAUGUUCUCUAUGGAUUUAGUUAUGUUUCGUGAUGCUAUACUUAAUAUAUGUCGUAUUAUACGUGUAUUACGACGACCACGUGGCAAUUUACUAUUAUUAGGUAUUGGAGGUAGUGGUCGUCAAUCAUUAGUACGUUUAGCAGCAUUUAUUUGUGAUAUUGUUAUAUUUCAAAUUGAAAUCGGUCGACGUUAUGGUUAUGGAGAAUUUAAGGAAGAUUUGCGCCGUUUAAUGAAAUUAUGUUCUAUAUCAAAUCGUGAAGCUGUUUUUCUAUUUAUUGAUACACAAAUUAUUGAUACAUUCUUUCUUGAAGAUAUUAAUGCAUUAUUACAUACUGGUGAAGUACCAAAUUUAUUUCGUAAUGAAGAUAUUCAAGAGGUUUGA